CGAGGAAGUCACCUUUGGUAGUUUAGUAACCAUCACGCUGGUUGUCAUUGAACGGAGCGCGUUUCUAACAGAGACAUGGCAAGAACUUCUGACGCGGAGCUAAAACCCCCCUCCAGCAAAAACGGACUGAAAUGUGACGACCUGAGGAAAAGCGGCUGUUCAAACAGCAGAGAGAAAAAUGGCAUCGGAUCCAGCCAGCGCAGCCACAACACGUUUGAACAGCCGCCUAUGUAUGUGGCAGUCAUGACGUACCUGGGUUAUGGGAUUGUCACCCUGUUUGGUUACUUCCGAGACUUCCUCAGAGCUGUGGGCCUGGAGAAAUGCCAUGUUGCACAGGAAAGAGAGGAACAGAAGGAUUUCACUCCCCUUUACCAAGAUUUUGAAAACUUUUACACUCGAAACCUAUACAUGCGAGUACGUGACAACUGGAACCGCCCCAUAUGCAGUCUCCCUGGACCCGUCUUCGACUUGAUGGAAAGGUUGUCUGAUGACUACAACUGGACAUUCAGGUUUACAGGGAAGACAAUACCCAAUGUCAUCAACAUGGGCUCGUACAACUACCUCGGUUUCGCUGAAAACAACGAAGAUUUCCUGAAAACUGUGGCAGACAAGCUGCAGCGGUACGGAGCUGGGGUUUGUAGCACAAGGCAGGAAAUUGGUAACUUGCACAUUCAUGAGGAGCUAGAACAACUUGUGGCUGACUUCCUGGGAGUUGAGUCCUCCAUGAUAUUUGGGAUGGGCUUUGCAACCAACUCAAUGAAUAUCCCAGCACUUGUGGGGAAGGGUUGUUUAAUAAUAAGCGAUGAGCUUAAUCACACAUCUCUCAUCUUGGGGGCCAGACUGUCAGGAGCUACAAUUCGGGUGUUCAAACACAACAACAUGCAUAGUCUGGAGAAGCUGCUAAGAGAAGCCGUUUGCUCAGGGCAGCCUCGGACCCACAGACCCUGGAAAAAGAUCCUCAUUAUGGUGGAGGGCAUCUACAGCAUGGAGGGUUCAGUGGUACGGCUGCCUGAAAUCAUCGCCCUGAAGAAGAAGUAUAAAGCCUAUCUAUACCUGGACGAAGCCCACAGUAUCGGUGCAGUGGGGCCAUCAGGGAGGGGAGUCACCGAGCUGUUCAAUGUGAACCCGAAUGAUGUGGACGUGAUGAUGGGGACAUUCACAAAGAGCUUCGGGGGAGCUGGAGGCUACAUCGCGGGGAGAAAGGAACUGGUGGACUAUCUGCGCAGCCAUUCUCACAGUGCCGUCUACGCCUCAGCCAUGUCCCCUGCUAUAACAGAGCAGGUUAUGCGUGCCAUGAAGUGCAUCAUGGGAAUAGACGGGACUACAGAGGGCAUUAGACGGAUCCGCCAGUUGGCAGAAAACACCAGAUACUUCAGGGCCAAGCUGAAGGAUAUGGGCUUCAUCAUCUACGGCGAUGAUGACUCCCCUGUGGUUCCAGUGCUGCUCUACAUGCCAGGCAAAGUGGUGGCAUUCGCUCGGGAAAUGCUGGCGAGAAAAAUAGGCGUGGUGGUGGUUGGCUUUCCGGCCACUCCGAUCACAGAGGCUCGAGCUCGAUUCUGUUUGUCUGCAUCACACACCAGAGAGAUACUGGAUCAGGUGCUGCACCACAUGAAUGAAGUAGGAGACCUCCUCUGUCUGAAGUUUUCACGGAGGAAACGCUCUUCAUCGUCUGUCCCCUGCAAAGGAUCCAACUGAGGCGGACAGCUGAUGUGACCCAUCGCUCCUUCACUUCACUGUGUCGAAACUAAGCGUCCUUCACGCUGCAGGCUCAUCAACGCAUAUUGUUGGGAAGCACCUAUAUCUUUGCACAGAAGAAGGGACAAAUGUUUGGCAGCUGUUUUAUAGAUGUUAUCGUAAAACACUGAUUUAACAGAAGAGCUGUUCUUACUCCUUUGAAUGAAAUUUAUUUCUUUAUGCAUUUUUUUGAGGACUUAAAAUUGCUGCAGAGGCAUGACAGCCACCACUUUAACUUAAAGUGCAAAAUAUGUUCUGUCACUUGGAGUUUGCAUACGAAAUGAGGUCUUGCAUCAAUUUAUUUAAAGACUUAGGCUCCUUCAUAUGGAUACAAGACAGUUUAAAGAAAUUCACCUUUUUACACAAAAUGUGUCAAUGUCUUUAUAUGGAUGUGUUGGAAACUUUUUCUUUUAAUAUAUUUUUUAUGAAACACGUUCCUCAUAAAUUAUUAACAAUAAAAAAGAUUGUCACUGAAAAUAUUCAAGA